GGGCUUUUCUGUGGAUCAGAUCAGCUCGCCCUUGAUCGAGCGCCGAGGUCUCCCUAUCACCAUUGUUGUCCUGGGGUUGCCGGACCGGACAUUCACGGCAUCGCCUCUUUCUUGACACUCUUUGCUGCCAGUUUCGCUUCGAUUCGUUCUUUUUCCUCCUAUUUUUGGGCGCUUUGGCAGAUUGACAUGCUGCAUUGCGCGUAAUCACCGCCUUCCUUCUACCUUGACACUGCCCUCGGCGUAACUGGUCCUCCCCGCGAAGCCCCGCGACACGAUGGUAUCCCGCUACAAGGACAAGGACAGGGACGGCGGCGUUGUGCUGUCCUUCGGCGGCCAAUGGGUCAGCUGGUCGCACACUGUCGUUGCGUAUCUCGCUUUCCUCAGCGCCCUCAUCAUCGGCUCCGCGCUCCACUACCACAAGAUCGUGCAGAACGAGUGGUACGGCUACCCACAGGAAUGGUUCCCGUCCGUCUCGGCUACCAUUGGCGACCGCUACCCCGAGCGGUCCAUUUUCAUGAUCUUCAUAGCCAUCACCUCCGGGCCGAGAUUCGCACUCGUCGGGCUAUGGUACCUACUCACCGCGAAGCCCGGCCACACCCUCCCCAAAGCGAUCGCCAUCUCGGGCGUCAUCCGGACGCUAACAUGUGGCGGCUGGACGUACAUCACUUCGACCGACGAUCAUGACUGGCACGAUAUCCUGAUGAUCUCGUACAUCGUCUUCACGAUCCCGUGGACGGCCGGCUGCAUCGCGCUGAGCCCGCCGAACGCCAAGGCUAUUAAGUAUAGGAAAUACUUGGCGGGCACUUUCUUCGGCACGCUUGUGCCCCUGGUCUACUUCUUCAUCCAGCACAAGGUGCACAGGAUCCCCGGAGCGUACACGAUCUACGCCUUCUUCGAAUGGGCCUUGAUCCUCCUCGACGUCGGCUUCGACGCCGUGACGGCUCUGGACUUUGACACGUUUGAGGUGAUUGUCAGGGAUGUCAAGGGCGCAAGCAAGGGUGUCAACACGUCCUCUGUGCCCACCGCCGUCCUCGAAAAGGAGAAGGAGAAGGCGACCGCCGGUGUCUUCUCUGCUGGCUUCCGCCUGGGCGAGGCUCUGGAUAUCGCUGCCGAUGUGUACCAUGGGUUCGUGUUCUGGUCUAUCUUGACGAGCUUGGGCGUCGUCAUUUGGUACUUCCCUCUGUGGCACAUGGGCAUUUCCGGCUAUGAAGCGCUCGUCAUGUCGACCAUUUCGCCCGCUCUUCUCGCCAUCCGGCCCUUGCGCUUUCUGGUGCUCAAGAAUCAGCGCGUCACCCACCUUCUCUCGCUCGCCGGCCUGCUGGCGUACCUGGUCCAGCACCCCGUGCGCCGCCUGUUCACGGUCGGCUUCGGCGUCUGGAUGAGUUGUCUCGGAUGGGCGGCCACCUUGUACUCGGACUCGGUGCAGCCCGCCAGGCUGGAGGCCCGCAUUCUUGCCUGGACCAUCGGCUUGCUCAUGUCCUCGGUCGCCAAGUUCGCCUGGCACACCAACAACCCGAUCUGGCCUAUCAUGCACGCCGCGAACGGUGGCUGGAACGGCACAGGGCUGGUUCUUGCCAUUCUCGCGGCCUUCAGGUUUACCCGUCGUGCGCCCCUGCAGGGUGGCAACCCGGUUGAGAACAAGGGCGGAUCAGCGCUGCUCUCUGCCUUCGGUAUCGGUGGCCUGUUCUUCGGUCUGCACUCGCUGCUCUCUGACACGAGCACCAUGAUCCUCUGGGUUUGGGACGGCUACCCGAUUCGGGGGCCAGUUUCGAACGUGCAUGCUUGGUACACCAUUGCAGCCAUGACCGCCGGCCUUGUUACUGGCGUCUCCAGGCCGGCUCUUGUUACCACCUGGACUGCCUAUGGCGUUGGGUGCGUGGGUGCCGCGCUGCUCACCCUCUACCAGCGCUGGCUCGGCUACUACGGUGCCUUGACCAUCGCGGCCUACCUGAUGGCCAUCUCUGUCCCACUCAUCGGCAGCGCGUCCCAGAAGAACCCUGCCAUAACCUUCGGUCUCGGCUUCUUCAUCUACAACUUCCUAGUUCUCUUCCACGUCUGGGUUGUGGCCUACGCUUUCGUGCCCGGCGGCCCGCUCGUCCGAGAACACACGGACUGGAUCAUGAUCACCAUGAUGCUGCUAAUCGGCGCCGGCGUCUUUGACCUCAUCUCCCAGCGAGCCAAGUCAGGCCGCAAGACGUCGGACCGCCGCCGUCCCGCCGCCACGGGCCACCGGAAAUACCACCUAGGCGCGCUCGGCCUCCUCAACGUGCUCUUCCUCUCGGCCAACUUCCUGCGAUUCCCCACCAACGACUACAAACCCUACCAUGCCGACGACCGGCUCCUGACGGCCGGUAUCUGGACCAUCCACUUCUCGCUCGACAACGACAUGUGGUCGUCCGAGCACCGCAUGCGUGACCUGAUCAAGGAGCUGGAACUCGACGUGGUCGGCCUGCUCGAGUCGGACCUGCAGCGUAUCAUCAUGGGCAACCGCGACACGACCCAGUUCCUCGCCGAGGACCUCGGCAUGUACGUCGACUACGGGCCGGGCCCCAACAAGCACACGUGGGGCGCCGCGCUGCUCUCCAAGUUCCCCAUCCUCAACUCGACCCAUCACCUGCUGCCCAGCCCCGUCGGCGAGCUCGCGCCCGCCAUCCACGCCACGCUCGACGUCUACGGCACCGCCGUCGACGUGUUCGUCUUCCACUCGGGCCAGGAAGAGGACCCCGAGGACCGCCGUCUGCAGUCCGAGUACCUGUCCAACCUGAUGGGAAGCUCCAACCGGCCGAGCAUCCUGCUCUCGUACCUGGUGACGAAGCCGCUCCAGGGCAACUACAACACGUACGUGUCGGAGCGGAGCGGCAUGCACGACGUCGACGAGACCGACGACGACCGCUGGUGCGAGUACAUCCUGUUCAAGGGCCUGCGCCGCACGGGCUACGCCCGCGUGAGCAGGAGCACCAUCACCGACACCGAGCUGCAGGUCGCCAAAUUCGUGGUGCCCGCGACCGAGGCGGACAGCGUGUCAGUGUGGACGGCGCCCAAGGCCCUGCGCGACAAGCGCGUGCCCGAGCACGAGGUGCCCGAGGGCUGGCGGUUCCCGGCCAUGUUCAGGGGGGAGGGCGUCCGGGGGCAUCGGUACCAUGUGUUUGACGAGCCGAGGUAUUUCAACUUUUAGAUGAUGGGUGUGUCGCGGGGUUGGCUAUGCACUGUAAGAUUCUCGCUGGGACGGUGUCGUUUUUCCUUGCUGCUCAUGUAAACAAAAC